AUGAAUAGGAAGUUCUUUCAACUUAGAUAGAUGACUAGAAAUCUUGAUGAUACUUUUAAAGAAGACUUAGAACUCUAUAAUAAAUUAUUGUAAAAGAAAUAUCAACCUAAUCCUUAAAGAUUAAAUAAUGAUAAAUAAAUGCUAUAACAAUGGGAUUCAUUUAAAUAAUUUAGAUUAUCUAAUAUAAUAGAUACAACUUUGGAUUCGGACAUAUUUAAAAUAUGUAUUUGCGAUUUCUUAAAAAAAAAAAGAGUUAGUAUGGAAUUUUGGAUUAAAGUUGCAUAUGAUGUUUUUCAUGAUGAAUCUAAAGGGAAAUAAGUAAGAAUGAAGUUUUGGAGAUCAAUGAGAAAGAAAUCAAGUAGUUUAGAAUUGGAUUUAAAAAAUAAGAAAUGGCCUGUAGCAUGGAGAUAUUUAGAAAGAGAACCAUGUUUGAAUCUAGAAAUACUAAAAUUAUAUGAAUAAUAUAUGCCAAUACGACCAUUUUUUGCUUAAACUCUAAAUACAAUGACAAAUAUUACAUGCGAUUUAAGGAGAAUGCCAAUGCUAAAAGAAGAAAAAUCAAUUGAAUUUGAUCUAUCAAAAACUACUUGGUUUCCUAAAAUAGAUAUGUGUGGUCCAUCUAUUUUAGAAUAAUUAUCUAGUUCAGAUAACUAUUUUUGUGAAUAAUUAGUCAAAUAUACAACAGAAAUGAAAUCAAUAAUGUUCCCAAUUUUAGAUUUUUUUAGAUUAGAUAAAAAAAAAGGAAGAAUUAUUAAUUUAUUUGGUGAAUAACAUGAUUUUGUAUUAGAAGUAAUUUAUUCAUUAAAAGCUUUUUGUGGAUAAGCUAUUAAUUAUACUUAAGGAUCAUUAAAAAAGAAAAAGAAUUAUAAAUGUACAAAUUCAUAUAAAAUUAAUGAAAUGCAAUGCAGUAUAAUGUUAACUACUUUAUCAGAAAAUGAUUUAAAUUAAGAUGUAAUGAAUGACAUUUAAAAUAAUAUAGAAGGAGGUUAUUCUGCAUUUAUUUAAGAGAAUUAAAUGUAUUAUCAUAGUGAAAAGAAUCAAAGAUUAGUUCUUAUAUUUAGCUAAAAAAAAUUAUAGUUUGGAAGACUCAAAAAAGGAAUUAAAUUCUACUAAAUUCCUGACUAAUAAAUUUCUACAUUGAAAAAUAAAGUAGAUUAUGAAUUUCUGAUUUAUUAUGCAAACAUUUUGUUUAACAAAUGUAUGAUAGUAUAGCAGAAUUGCAGUUCAAGGAAACCUUUCUAUUAAGUUAUGAUUUGUAUGUGGACAUAUGUAUUAGCAGUUUAUCUUUCAGGAGAAAUACCAAAUUUAGAAGGAAUUAAUGUUUUUCAAGAUAAUGAUAGGGCAGAUUCUUUAGUAGACAUUUAAAUUGAUUUAGGAUUAAGUUCUCAUGAAUAAACUUAUGAAGAACCAGAAUUUGAUUAAGAUUAAUUUUAAAAAACAAGCUUUGAAUUUACCAAUCAUGUUGGAGGUGUCAGUUUAGAUCCAAGUGAAGAAGAAGAUUGCAUGAUUGUAGAUUAAAUAUAGAAGAAAAAGAAAAUAAUCUUAGUAUGA